GAAACAAAGCCUCUUACUUUACCAGAAAACACAAAUCACCUCAAUAUGGGCCUUCCACCACCAACCGAACCAACUCCUCCAUAUGAAGAAACGGAAUCGACUAGCCGCCACAAUCACACCUACUCCACUCUCACUCAAGCCAUCGAUGACCCCGAAAUCCAACUCCCAUCAUUCCACGAACAUGAUCAUGGCGACGGGCCUACCACGUCCUUGAUUCCACGCGCUACCCCUCAAGAGCACUCACACUGCGAAGUGUGCGAGCGGAUCAUAAAUCGGCGAGAGAGACGACAAGCCCAUACAGACUGCUGUCGGAUAGUAGCCAUGGUAUUUGUGGUCAUGUUUGUGUGUAUGAUGAUACUGGGGAUAGUUAUAGCCAAGGCGGCAUCGAGACGGAAAUGAUGGGCACUUUGUCUUCAUUUCAGAGGAGUAUAUAAGCAUAUAUACUGGAGGAAUGACCCUUGGGUUGUUGUUGUACAAACAGGACGGAGUGAUAUCUAGUAGAGAGGAGCUUCGCUGGUUUGUGAACUUCCAUUUUCUACGCUGCCUGUGUCCGUGUUGGUAGAGAGUAGAUGUAAGAGGUAUCCAUCAAUGCUGAAGUAGUUCUCAUCCAUUUGCUAUUAGAACUAUAGUAGUUGGAAAUGUGUCUAGGAAAACCGUGAAGAAUGAAGCAGAGUUUUGUCUUCAUACUAGAAGAGUCGCUCCGAUCUGCGUUGUUUGCUGCACGCCAUCGCUAUCCUCCUACCUCUGCCCACACCAAUAUCAGAAUGCUCCCCAGAUUGCUGGAC